GAUUUGUGUUAGGCUAUUAGCAAUGUUAAGUUCUUGUGUUAGGUUGUUAGCUUUGAUUUUCAGAUUUGUGUUAGGCUGUUAGCAAUGAUUUUCAGAUUUGAUUUUCAAAUUUUGUCUUCCACAUGAUUUUCAAAUUUGAUUUUGACUUCCACAUGAUUUUCAGAUUUGAUUUUGUUCAGUUUAAGUGAUGUCUGGAACGGGGAGUACGGAAGCAUCGUCCGCUACCGUCUCAAUUCUUAAAAGGAAGUCAAAUGAUGUGGGGUGGGAGUAUGGGAUGCUAAUUGAUCCCAAGAAUAUGGACAAAGUCAAAUGCAAGUUAUGCAGUAAGGUGAUGUCUGGCGGUGUUUACCGAGUUAAAGAACACAUUGGCCACAUUUCUGGAAAUGUGUCUGCAUGUCCAAAAGCUUCUCCAGAUGAUAGAGCCAAAUGCAAGAAUGCAAUUGAGGAGGCAAGGAAUAAAAAGAAGAAUAAGAAAAAGGAAGAAGAUCUGAUGAGAUCAACAGUCAAUAUUUCUGAAAAGGGGGAAGGGAAUGGCGAUGAUAAAUUGCAAGAAUUAGGGAGUAAUAACCCACCCCGCACACUUGGCCCUAUGGAUAAAUUUGCAAGCUCCAUCAACCCUGAAGCUGGUUCAAGUGUAAAAAUGACACAAAGACAACAAAAUAUCAAUGAAGCACUCUUUAAAGAGAGGACACAAACAGUCCGUGAAUAUUGUGCUAGGUGGGUCUAUGAGCACGAUAUUCCUUUCAAUGCCAUUGAUAAUGACAGUUUCAAGUUGUUUGUUGAGGCAGUUGGUCAAUUUGGGCUAGGCUUCAAUCCUCCUAGUCAAUACCAGUUGAGGGAAACGUUGCUAAAGGGGGAAGUUGACAGGAUGAAAGGUUUGUUAAAGAAGCAUGAAGAAGAGUGGGCAAGAAAUGGGUGCUCUAUUAUGACAGAUGCUUGGAGUGAUAGAAAAAGGAGCAUCAUGAACUUAUGUGUUAAUUCUAAUGCAGGUACUGCUUUCCUUUCUUCUAAAGAAUCUUCAGAGGAGGCACAUACAAGUGAACUCAUUUUUGAGUAUGUGGACAAAUGCAUUGAGCAAGUUGGGCCACAAAAUGUUGUCCAAGUGGUAACUGACAAUGCUGCCAACAAUAUGGGAGCGGCAAAGUUAUUGAAGGUGAAGAGACCCAAUAUCUUUUGGACAUCAUGUGCUACUCACACCAUCAAUUUAAUACUUGAAAGCAUUGGAAAACUGCCAAGGUACAAAAAAGUCAUUGAUCAAGCCAAGAGUUUGACAAUCUUUAUUUAUGCACAUCAUAAGACCUUAUCCUUAAUGAGGUCAUUUACAAAGAAGAGGGAUAUAGUGAGACCGGGUGUCACUAGAUUUGCUUCUUCUUUCCUUACUCUACAAAGUUUAAUGGAGAAAAAUAGCCAAUUGAGGGCAAUGUUUACUAGCUCUGAGUGGGAGGAGUGCAAGUGGUCAAAGACUGUUAAAGGGAAAGCAGCCUAUGCAACUGUGUUAAGCAUUGCUUUCUGGAAUGGUGUGACUAUAUGUCUUAAGGUUUUUGCAUAUUUGGUGAAGGUGCUUCGAAUUGUUGAUGCAGAUAAGAAGCCUUCUAUGGGCUUUUUAUAUGGAGAGAUUAAUCAGGCAAAAAAGGAUAUUAAGGAGGCCCUAAACAAUCUUGAAAAGAACUAUUUGCCUAUUAUGGAAAUUAUUGAUGCAAGAGUGAAAGAUAGGCUAGAUAGUCCAUUGCAUUUUGCGGCUUACCUUUUGAAUCCAUAUUAUUUGUUCAAAGAUAUGGAUAUGCAAUUUGAUAAUGAACUGAUGGAUGGGUUUUUUAAUGCUGUGGAGAUGUUUUUUUAUGGUGAUGAUCGCAUGCAAGGGCAUAUUUUAAAUGUUGAGUUGCCAAAAUAUACUUGCAAAGGAGUUUUUGGAAAGUCAUGGGCAAUUCAAGGGUGUGCAACAAAUGAUGAUAAUUAUAACCCAGUUAAAUGGUGGAUGACUUAUGGAAAUCAAACACCAAACUUGCAACGAAUGGCGAGAAGGAUCCUCUCGUUAACUAGUAGUUCAUCAGGUUGUGAAAGAAAUUGGAGUACUUUUGAAGGGGUUAGUGCAUAUUUUAAAGUGUUUUCAAUAUUUUAAUCAAU